ACGCGUCACAGUGAAAUUUCGUUCUUCGGCAAUUUGCAACCUCAACAGACCUCAUGCGUUUAUUUUAAAGUUCGGAGUUCAAACCCAUUUCAUAAACUCGGAGAGAAAGACAUGAUAUACUGAUUUUACAGUUGAAGGUUCAAACCCGUUUCAUAAACUUAGAGAGAUAUUUUUUUGUGCCCGGGGAGUCAUUCGGGUCCCUGAGAGAGAGAGAAGGAUUCAUUUUCAGAACACCCACUUCAUAGAUACAGAGAGUUUCCCUUUGAAUCAAGAAUCCAAGACAGAGAGAGAGAGGCAGCUCAUUCUAAAAUCCCAAGAACUCAUCUUUCAAAACGUAAAUUACGAGCCCCACCCCACUUCUGUAAUGGCUCACCCCACUCUUUUUUAUCUCCUCACCUUAUUCACCACCUUCAUAAUAUUCUUCUUCUCCUCUGCAAAUUCAGACCCAAGAAUCACCCAGGCCGCCAUUAUCUGUGGUAACAAGACUGCUCUAGAUCGGCCCGCUUUUACUCGAAACUUUUUAUCAGCUUUGGACUCUCUCACUCAACAAAUAGCUAACCAAAGAUAUGCCACAGUGGUUCAAGGCUCAAACCCAAGUACAGUUUAUGCAUUUGGUCAGUGUAUGAAUGAUCUCUCUCAAACUGAUUGCCAACUCUGUUUCUCUGAGUGCAAAACUGAGAUAUACAAAUGUGUUCCAUUUCAAAAGGGCACCACAAGAGGGAGGACUUUCCUUGAUGGGUGUUAUUUGAGGUAUGAUACUUAUGAUUUCUUCCAUGAAAUCUUGGAUUCAGAGGAUAAAGUUGUGUGUAAUGGAAGUAGGUUUAAUGGAUCAGAGAGGAGUUUUGUGAGGAACUCUUUGGGUCUUAUGAAGAAUUUGAGUGCUGGGGCUACUGGGGGUGAUGGAUUUAAGGUUGGUUUUGUGGAGAGAGAAAAUACUAGUGUUUAUGGACUUGUUCAGUGUUGGAAACCUUUGAACAUGAGCUCUUGUGGGCGUUGUUUGGAUAGUGGGGUGGUUUCUCUUUCUACAUGUUUGCCUUUGGUGGAAGGGAGGGUUCUGAAUUCAGGGUGUUAUUUGAGGUACUCGACUCGGCCUUUCUACAACGUUAACACGAGCUCGGUGGCGAGCACCAAAGGACACCGGAGAUUCCCUGUUAUAUUAGCCAUAGUUUCCUGUAGUUGUGCGGUUUUUAUGCUUCUAGUUUUAGGUUUUAUCAAGGGGAAGAACAAGCUAGAAAAGAGGAGGAGAGAACAGAAGCAACUGGGUCAACUUGCAGCUACUGUAAACAAGUCUAAGCUAAACUUCAAAUAUGAAAUGCUAGAGGAGGCCACAGAUUACUUUGACAAUUCAAAUAAACUAGGCCAAGGUGGUAAUGGUUCAGUGUAUAAGGGGAUUUUACCAAAUGGGCAGGUUGUCGCCAUAAAGAGGCUAUUUUUCAAUACAAGGCAAUGGGUUGAUGAAUUCUUUAAUGAAGUGAACUUGAUUAGUGAUGUUCAGCACAAGAAUCUUGUUAAGCUGUUGGGUUGCAGCAUCACGGGUCCAGAGAGUCUCUUGGUUUAUGAAUACGUGCCAAACAAAAGUCUUGACAAUUUCCUAUUCGAUAAUGGCAAUUCCCCUAAGUUAAGCUGGAAUACGAGAUGUGAAAUCAUUGUUGGGGUAGCUGAAGGCUUGGCUUACCUUCAUGAGGAAUCAAAGUUGAGGAUCAUUCACAGGGAUAUCAAACUGAGCAACAUACUGCUUGAUGAGAAUUUUAAUGCCAAAAUUGCUGACUUUGGGCUGGCGAGAUGUUUCCCACAAGAUAAGACUCAUAUUAGCACUGGAAUUGCAGGAACAUUAGGUUACAUGGCUCCCGAGUAUAUCAUUCGAGGAAAGCUGACAGAGAAGGCAGAUGUUUACAGUUUCGGGGUGCUGAUUGUCGAGAUUCUCAGUGGCAGGAGAGUUAAUUCCUAUUCUCAAACUACUGGUCCAGUUCUGCAAGUGGUCUGGGACCUUUAUAGAUCGUGCAGGCUUUAUGAAGCCGUUGAUCCAAGUCUGGAAGGUGGCUAUAGCAGAGAAGAUGUUUCCCGAGUUCUCCAGAUUGGGCUCCUUUGCACACAGGCAUCGGCAGAGUUACGGCCAUCGAUGGCAUUGGUUGUGCAAAUGCUUAAAGAUACAAAUUGUAAUAUCCCUUUACCCACACAACCUCCAUUCAUAAAUACAGGAUUAUUGGACCAGGACAUACCAUCUACGCAAUCGGGGUCUUCCGGGAAUAGCAGGACAGUGAGCUUCAUUGGGCCAAGGUGAAGGAAAGCUUUCCUUUUGAAGAGUAGUGCACCUGUUAAUAUUGAUUCUUAUGGGUUCCAAGGAUUCAAUUUUGUAUAGUGGUGAAGCUUUAGAAAUUUAAUUCACUGCAAGAAUCCCGAUGUCUACUUGUAACAUUAUUGUGUUAUUACAAGUGCAGUUCAGAGCUGGUUGUGUUUCCUCUUUUCUUGUAACAUUAUAUGUUUUUGUGAAAAAAUGACAUCCUUAUUCAUGUAACGUUAUUGUUUUAUUGCCAGAGUAUUGACAUCCAUGUUUCAUGUAAUAUUGUUGUAUUAUUGCAACAAUAACUCAGAGAUGGUUGUGCAUCCCCAUUUCAUGUGAAAGUAUUAAAUGUAGUAAAUAGAUUAACCCUAUGGCACUCAA